AUGAAGAUGACGGCCUUGACCCUUGAUCUUUUCCUGACAGCAGCUCGUAGUAGAACUCUGCCAAGACGAUCGGCAAAGGCGAUCCUGAACUUUCAGGAUCGUAUCUUUCGAGGCGAAGCGAGUGAACCAGCGGGAUACAGUGGAAUGGCUAUUGGUGACCGGAUCCAGUGCAGUGGCGUUGUUGGCCACCUCGCAUGUGAUGAGAGCUUCCAAGUGCUCGUACAAGAUGAUCUUUCGAAUUCCCGUCUUUCGAAUUCUCCUCCUUUUUGA